ACAGAGAGGAGGGCGUAUGCCGGUGGCGCGGGCUGACAUUGAGAUCAGCUUAACGAGUGUGCUGCUGGGCUGGGAAGAGCGAUGCGAGAGCAAGGCUGGAGCUGAGUCUGCCAUAGAAACGAGACAUCCGUGCAUUUCAACUCAUUCAGUCGAGAAAGCAAGGCUCUGUAAGCGUUUAAAGUAGCCUACAUCAUGUCGGUGCUUGCGCUGCAAGAGUAUGAAUUCGAGAGGCAGUUCAAUGAAGAUGAAGCCAUUCGAUGGAUGCAAGAGAACUGGAAAAAGUCUUUUCUGUUCGCUGCACUUUAUGCUGCGUGUAUACUUGGUGGGCGGCAUGUAAUGAAGCAAAGGGAGAAGUUUGAGUUGAGGAAACCUCUGGUAUUAUGGUCUUUAACGCUUGCAGUCUUCAGUAUAUUUGGUGCGGUCAGAACUGGAGGCUACAUGAUGCACAUAUUGAUGACUAAGGGCCUGAAGCAAUCUGUCUGCGAUCAGAGCUUCUAUAAUGGACCGGUCAGCAAAUUUUGGGCUUAUGCUUUUGUUCUCAGCAAGGCCCCUGAACUAGGAGACACACUGUUCAUUGUUCUGCGCAAGCAGAAGCUAAUCUUCCUGCACUGGUAUCACCACAUCACAGUAUUGCUGUAUUCCUGGUACUCCUACAAAGACAUGGUGGCCGGCGGUGGAUGGUUCAUGACCAUGAACUACCUGGUUCAUGCCGUUAUGUAUUCUUACUACGCUCUUAGGGCCUCCGGCUUCAAAAUCUCCCGCAAGUUUGCCAUGUUCAUCACUCUGACGCAGAUCACACAGAUGGUGAUGGGUUGCGUGGUCAACUACCUGGUCUAUUCGUGGAUGCAACAAGGCCAAGAGUGCCCGUCACACGUGCAGAACAUUGUGUGGUCAUCUCUCAUGUACCUCAGCUACUUUGUGCUCUUCUGUCAGUUCUUCUUCGAAGCCUACAUGACCAAAACCAAAUCCAACGCAGUCAAGAAAAGCCAAUAAAGCAUUAAUUUAUUUAAAUAGAUAAGUUGGGAAAGAACAGAAAAGUGGACCAAUGAGUGAGUCUUUACCGUUAGGGCUUUUAAACUCGCAGUCAAAGUGAAGACAAUGAGGGGCUACUUUCAAAGCUUGUGCAUACUGUACUACUAACGUAUAGAGGUAAACCUCCUCGCCACUAGGGGAGCUCUAUUGAGCCGCACUGAAAAUCAUUAAGAUAUCAGUUCAAAAAAAAUCAGUGUUUUUAUGUGAUGUUUAUGUGCCCAUUUCUCUGUUUUUAAAAAAAGAUGUAUAGAUGAAAACGGAGGUAAAAUAAUUUAAAACAGAAUUUAGGAGGAGAGGUCGAAAUGUAAUGAAGGAUAUUUUGAAGAAAAAAACAAUGAAUUAUAAAUUCAGAGGUUAUUAAAUGGAUAAAUUGUAUGGUUAUGUUUGUCUAAACAUUAAAUGUUAAUGUUCCAUUUGAAUUUUUAUUUAUUAGAUACUAGACUGUGUACGGUAGUUUUAUACAAAAGCCAUGUCAAUGGAUGACUGGUCCAUGUUGAGCUAAAAACGCCACAGUGUUGUCUGUUCAGCAUCGCAGCACCAAAAUUCUCUCAGGUCUUCAAGUUUUCCAUUUGAUGUGCAUAUCAUUUUAGUGCAAAAUAGUAGGUAAAUGUUUAUGCCAUUGAAAUACACAUACACAAGUAUAUAAAGGGAAUAAAGACCAAUGAAGGUCAUUUAGAGGACAUUUGGGUCUAAUCAGAACACUAAAGAGCCUUGUGGAAUAUGAAUCAUUGCGACUCAGCGGUUGUUCUGAUUUCUAACAGGCCUGACCUUCUUCCGAUGGCUUAAGGUCCUAACUUCAUGUAGUCCAUGGACCAACAUUGUAGAGUCUAGCUUAACUACAGUAGUCCUGUCUAAAGUCCGGCAUAUUUACACAAAAUGCAACAUGUCUAUAUCCGCUGUAACAAAUCUGAAUAACCUCUGUCACUGAAUGGUAUCUGUUGUGCUCUUGUGCAUUUGCACUCUAUAAAUGUAAAACAUCUAUAGACAAUUUUAACAAAGAGCCAAAAGUGCUAAAAUAA